AUGGGCAAAGCCGCUAGUUCUUCCUCUUCUUCCAUUAGCAGCAGCAGCAACCACCACCACCACCACUUCAUUUCAACCGCAUCCUCUCUCACUCACCUCAACACACAAGAACUUCCUACUGAUCUUAGCCUUGGUCUCAGCAUUUCAGCCACCCAACAUGUUGGCUCUUCUAUUUCAAGAGGGCAAUGGCAACAGAGCCACCCACUUGUGAGCAAUUCACAAGCUGCUGAAGUAAAUGAUUGCAAUGAUCAUAGCAGCUUCUUUGUGAAGGUGUACAUGGAAGGCAUCCCAAUUGGAAGAAAGCUGAAUAUACUAGCUCACGAAGGCUACUAUGAGUUAGUGAGGACACUAGAACACAUGUUCGACACUACCAUUCUGUGGGGGACAGAGAUGAAUGGGGUGCAACCGGAGAGAUGCCAUGUGCUAACUUAUGAAGAUGAAGAAGGGGAUUUGGUGAUGGUUGGGGAUGUGCCAUGGGAGUAA